CCUGCUCGCUCACCCUCCCUUCUAGAAAUCUCUCAUUUGUAUGUUCUGCCUCUGUCACACCCACAAGAGAGCCCUUCCAAGGGCCACUUCCAACCAUCCUUGUCUUUGUUCUCCACCCGGCCAGAUUGCCUCGACGGCCCCCACUCACGGACCCCCACCCCCCCCACCGCUCUCUGGGCUGGAGGGUGACAACCGCGAAAAGGAGGGCGACUCUCUCCUCCGCGGGGCUUCAAGUGACAUCACAUCCUCCGAAUGCGAAAUCGGGCUCGGCGGCCGGUCGAAGGGCGAAACUUCCCCCGGCCCCGUCGGUGAUCCACCGGCUCCUGCGCGCCUCGGAGCUUCCGCGGCGGGGAGCGCGCCAUGGCCUCACUCUUGACCGCCCUGAUCCUGCCCCUGGCCCUGCUGCUGCUCCAUGCCACCACGGUCCUCGGGUCGCUCUCGUUCCGGAUGUCGCCGACGACGAAGGAGGCCAGACUGGGCGAGAAGGUGGAGCUGCAAUGCGAGUUGCUGCAGUCCGGCAUGGCAUCAGGGUGCUCCUGGCUCCGCCAGAUACCCGGGGACGACCCCAGACCCAACUUCCUAAUGUACCUCUCCGGCCAACGGCCCAAGCUAGCCGAGGGACUGGACCCCAAACACAUUUCCGGAUCCAAGGUCACCAGCUCCAGAUUCCAGCUCACCCUGAGCAGCUUCCGCCAGGAGGACCAAGGCUACUACUUUUGCUCGGUCUUGAGCAACUCGAUCCUGUACUUCAGUAACUUCAUACCUGUCUUCUUGCCAGCGAAGCCUGCCACCACGCCGGCGAUGCGGCCAUCCACGCGGGCGCCCACCAUCGCGCCGCAGACUAGGUCUGUUUCUCCGCGCUCAGAGGUGUGCCGGCCCUCGGCGGGCAGCGCAGCGGACACGAGCCGGCUGGACUUCGCCUGCGAUAUCUACAUCUGGGCUCCCCUGGUCGGGACCUGCGCCGUCCUUCUCCUGUCGUUGGUCAUCACAGGCAUCUGCUACCGCCGAAACCGAAGACGUGUCUGCAAAUGUCCCAGGCCCGUGGUCAGACAAGGAGGCAAGCCCAGCCCUUCAGAGAAAUAUGUCUAACAUGGCGAUGGGCCCCGUGCAACAGCCACUACAAGACUUCAGACUGAGAACUCUCCUAAUGGAGAGCAAGAAUCCUUCCCUUUUGAUUUCUCCAAUGCUUCCUUCCUUCUCAUUAUUAUUAUUUUUCAUGGGGUUGGGGUGGAAAGAGUUACUUUUUCUUUAUUAUUUACUUCGAUACAAAACAAGACUGUCGUGUCUACGGCAUACCACAAGGGUUAUCAUGCUGUUGUGCUCCCAUAUUGGGGUAGAGGGCGGGCAGGCCAGAGCUACCGCAAGCUGUGUUCUCAGAACCUGGCUGUGAGAACUGGUGGGGGCCUCGGCACCCACUCAGCCCCAGCUUCUUCUCCACCCAUUUUACAAAGGAGGAUGCUGAGGCCCAGAGAUGGGGAACAGCUGGAUCAGAGUCCUAGCAGGGACUCCAUACCACUGAGGUCUUUCUUCCGGAGGCCUCAGUCUCAGCGUGGGGAGCUGGAUCUCAAGCGUCAAGAAAACUAGUUUUUCUGAAGUACCUGUGGUAGACCCAUGACUGCACCCAGAGCUUCGAUGAAGUAAUGAAAUAGGUCAAGAAAACUUGACAGAGUUCUGUGAGACUGCUGAACAGGAUCAGAUUAUUUUUUUAUAAUCAGGUGUGAAAUGAUACAGAUGAUAGGAAUUCUUCCAAUGAAGUGGAAGGAGUGAACCGAACUCUGGAAAAUGAGCAACCUGACCUCUCAAGAAAAUCUCUGGGAAAUUCCAGCCUGGAGGCAAGAUGGUUCUCCCAGCCCUUGUGUUGCAGAAGGACCCAUGAAAGAGGAGAGGCCGCCCUCUGCAAGCAUGAUUUGAACGUCAGGAAAGUUGAAUGUAGUUCAACUCUCUCUAAACAUUGAGAUUCUGUAUUCAAACAUGCUCCUGGGUCAUCCGUGAGUUUUUAUAGUUUGCAAAAGGAGAAUUGUGACCAAGCAGGCUGGCACGGGCCAUGGCCACCCCAGGCUAGCAGCUGAGGGGAUGUGGCAGACAUACUCUGAUGAGGAGACUAAGAGCCCAGCUGCAGCCCUACAAGGCAUUUCCUUUCUUACUGUGUUCUGCAAAAAAUGCAUGCUCACUGGAAGAAAAAAUGUAGCUAAGGUAGUAAGAAUCAUCCAUAAUUCUUUACCUCAGGGAUAAUCCAUUGUUAAUAUUAUGGCCUACACUCUUCCUGAUUAUUUUCUGUGCCUACAUAUAAAAUAUAUAAUUUUUAAAAGUGGGAUUGCACUAUGCUUUUAUAUGACUUAGCAGCAUCAGCAGCAGCAUGCUUUUGUAAGUGGCUUUAAUAAACAAACAUUUAUGGCUUA